AGCCUUCCCUGCCAGUACACUCUGCUGUCAGGGGACAGUGCAAACCCCAGGGGACAUUCUGAGGGCGCUCUGGCCGCUUCCCUGGGGGUGUUAAGGACUAAAGCCAGGCUUGGGUAUGGAGCCUGUGGAGGAGGGCCGGGUGGCAUGAAGCCGCUGUGGGCUGUCACCGUAUGGUGGGUGCUGCUGGUGCCCAGACUGGAGGCUUCCAGAAGAGGGUCCCCAGAAGAGGCCUCCUUCUACUAUGGAGUCUUCCCACCCGGCUUCUCCUGGGGUGUGGGCAGCUCUGCCUACCAGACAGAGGGCGCCUGGGAUCAGGACGGGAAAGGACCCAGCAUCUGGGAUGCCUUCACCCACAGCGGGAAGGGGAAGGUGCUGGGGGAUGACACGGGAGACUCGGCCUGUGACAGUUACUACAAGGUGCAGGAGGACACCCUUCUGCUGAGGGAGCUGAGCGUUAACCACUACAGAUUCUCCCUGUCUUGGCCACGGCUCCUGCCCACAGGUGUCCGAGCUGAGCGUGUGAAUGAGAAGGGAAUCCAGUUCUACAAUGACUUCAUCAAUGCCCUGCUGAAGAACAACAUCACCCCAAUUGUGACCUUGCACCACUGGGAUCUCCCCCAGCUGCUCCAGGUCACGUACGGUGGGUGGCAGAACGCCAGCAUGAUCGAAUACUUCGGGAACUAUUCCGACCUGUGCUUCGAGGCCUUUGGGGACCGCGUAAAGCACUGGAUAACAUUCAGUGACCCUCGAGCAAUGGUAGAAAAAGGCUAUGAGACUGGCCACCAUGCACCGGGCCUGAGGCUUCACGGCACAGGACUGUACAAGGCCGCACACCACGUCAUUAAGGCCCAUGCCCAAGCUUGGCAUUCUUAUAACAAGAAGUGGCGCCGUAAGCAGCAAGGCCUGGUGGGGAUUUCACUGAACUGUGACUGGGGGGAGCCCAUGGACUUUAGCGACCCCAAGGAUAUCGAGGCUGCUGAAAGAUACCUACAGUUCUGUCUUGGCUGGUUUGCCAACCCCAUUUAUGCUGGUGACUACCCCCAAGUCAUGAAGGACCAUAUUGGAGAGAAGAGCGCAGAGCAAGGCCUGCGUGUGUCAAGGUUACCCGAGUUCUCCCUCCAGGAGAAGAGCUACGUUAAAGGCACAUCUGAUUUCUUGGGACUGGGUCACUUUACUACGAGAUACAUCGCGGAAAGGAAGUACCUCUCCCAGCAAGGGCCCAGCUACCACAAUGACCAAGACUUAAUACAGCUUGUUGACCCAAACUGGCCAGAGCUGGGAUCUCAGGGGCUCUAUUCUGUGCCAUGGGGAUUUAGGAGGCUCCUCAACUUUGCUCAGACUCAAUAUGGCGAUCCUCCCAUAUACGUGACAGAAAAUGGAGCAUCUCAGAAAUUACAUUGUACUCAACUGUGUGAUGAGUGGAGGAUCCGAUACCUCAAAGGAUACAUAAAUGAAAUGCUAAAAGCUAUAAAAGAUGGCGCUAAUAUAAAGGGGUACACUUCCUGGUCUCUGUUGGAUCAGUUUGAAUGGGAAAAAGGAUACGCGGAUCGAUACGGAUUCUACUACGUUGAAUUUAACGUAAGAAAUAAGCCUCGCUAUCCCAAGGCUUCCGUUCAAUAUUACAAGGAAAUUAUCAAGGCCAACGGGUUUCCAAACCCGCGAGAGGUGGAAACCUGGCACCUCAAAGCUUUGGAAACUUGCUCUACCAACAACCAGAUGCUGGCCACAGAGCCCCUGCUCAGCCACAUGCACUUUGCCUCGGAGGUUGUGGUGCCCACGGUGGGCUCCCUCUGCAUCCUCAUCGCUGCCCUGCUGCUGCUGCUGCUGCUCAGGAGCCACAGCUGAGACGACCCACGCCUGCAUCAUCUUUCCACAGUCGUAUAAUGUCAAUUUUCAGGCCCUGUGAU